UCUUGUCACUUAUUCGUAAAUUUGUAAACAAAUCGCAAAAUUUUUGCAUAAAAUAAUUAUUCACCAUGAAUAUACCAGAAAUCAAGUCCUAUGAAGAACAAGCGAUCGAUACUUUAGUUUCUGUGAUCAACCAGGCUCGGGAGAAAUUGGGGGAAAGGCAAACGCUGAGACAACUUGCAGAAAGCAGGAACCUUCUCUCCGGAAGACCUAAGGUAGUCCUCACCAGCUUGCACAGCCCCCUGGCCAUCACCUGCGAGGACCUGAUCAAGGACACCAUCGAGAAGAAGUGGAAGCUGACAAGUACCCUGAAGUAUGUCCUGUGGUACAAGGGGAGCUCUAAGGACGAAUGCUCGCAGUAUUACUACUUUGAGGCAGUCUUUAGUCAGCCGACGGUGUCGUAUCCCAUCCCACAAGCCACUGUUUCUGUCUUCUUCAGAGUUGAAGAUAAACAUCUUGAGCCUUUGGAGUUGAAGGGUGUGCCUUCUUUAACCUUCAGGAUCGAAGGCCAUAAGAGCGACCACGACGUGCGUUUCGUCAAGUUGACAGCCGACUGGAUACUCGGCGUCAUCAUGAUGAAGAUCAAGCUCUUCAAGAGGAUUGAGAGCAUCAGAUUGUUUUAA